CCACCUUUCUGCCAAGUGGCGUUUCACAACUCCUUCCCAGUCUGAACUGAAAAAGCAUGUCCCAUCAGCGGCGGUCUAAGAUCUUGCGGAAGUCACGUCUCGUAACCCGGAAGUGACAAGCCACACUGGCGGGAAGUUUGGUUCAGCUGACCGCGCACCGGGCUCAGCAGAUCGCCAUGGAAGUGCAACAAAACUUCCUAUGCCACCUCUGCGGGAAAGGCUUUCCCACAAAGUACCAACACAAGAGGCACCAGUACCGUCACAACAACAACUGCAUCUGUAACAUAUGUUCAAAGUCUGUUCAUGGCAAGACCGCCCUGCAGCACCAUAUGGACUUUGCUCACCGAAACAAAACACUGAAGUGCCCUCAUUGUGACAAGACCUACAAGUCCUAUGGAGGGUACAUUGCCCACAAGUCUACCCACGCACAGGAGGAACACGAAUGCAAAGACUGUGGGAGAAAGUUUUCAAAGAAAACUGCACUGUAUCGACACAGAGGUAAAGCCCAUGUCACUCCAAAGCAAAAGUGCGACACAUGCGGAAAGCUUUUUCAUCACCCAUCACAUCUGGAACAGCACAUGAAGACUCACAUGGGAGAUGAGGCAAGAACCCACAAGUGCCCCACCUGCCCAGCAUCCUUCAAAUGGCCCAAGGCCCUGGCAAAACACCAGACAACACAUGAGGGGAAGAAGACUUGCACCAUCUGCAAUAAAGACUACAAUGGUUCCAGACAGCUGAAACGCCACAUGUCAACUGCACAUAAAGAACAGUCUAGCAUAUAAUAUGUUAAAAA